AUGGCUUAUUCCCAGUUAGGAUACUCCUACUCCUCCACACCACAGUUUUUAAUGACUUCUAACUCCUUGGCUGGAGCACCCCCGUCGCACUCGGUGCUGCGCUCCCAGGGCCACCAGUUCACUCCUGGAAGCGGCAUCGGGGUCUACAGUGGCCCCUACCAGAAGAGCCACAGCUUCUACAACACCGGCACCAGUGACUCCACCAGUCUCUACUCCAGAGGGUCAGUAAAUCCCAAAGAAGCAGCAUCUGUGCACAUGGGGACAUCUCAGACUCCCGCCUACUGUCCAUUUGAGUACACAUUUGGACAGUAUCCUUAUGACAGAUAUGGGUAUUCCUGCUCAGAUAGUUCAUCGCGACGCAAAAACGCCACUCGGGAGACCACGAGCACUCUGAAGGCGUGGCUGCAGGAGCACCAGAAGAACCCCUACCCAACCAAAGGGGAGAAGAUCAUGCUGGCUAUCAUCACCAAGAUGACCCUCACACAGGUGUCCACGUGGUUUGCUAAUGCACGCCGGAGACUGAAAAAGGAGAACAAGGUGACGUGGUCACCACGGGCUUGUAAAAGCUCUGACGACAGAGGCUGUGAAGACGACAGUGAUGCUCCUGCAAAGCCUUCUAAAAGUGACACAUCCAUUCCUGUAGAUCAACAUUGUUCAGAUCUACAAAGUGAUAUGGAGGACUUCGACCUGCUGGAGUCGGAUGCUUCUGAAAGUGAACUAAAACCCCAGUUCCUACCAGAGGACAGUGAAGCAAGCCAAGACCUCAUAUGCGGCCAGCCCAUGCAGCUUUCAGAAUCACUGCAAGGAAAAGAAAGACUGUCCCCUGAUUGUCCCAAACUGACACCGGUCCAACACCAGAACACGUCUUACUACAUUGAUCCAGACCUUCAAAGUGCCAAACCUAAGAUCUGGUCCAUCGCUCACACUGCUGCUUCUCUGGAGGCCAGCUCACUGGCAGAAUACCCUGCUUGCAUGCUGUCAUCUACCAGGUCCUCCUCACCAGGAUACCCAACAAACAUGGCUCUCACCAAGAGCGAGAGGCGACAGGAGUCACCGGUCUCCACCCUCAGAGAUUGGGUGGAUGGAGUUUUCCACGGUCCUCCCUUCCAGCAGCCCAAACCAGCUGAGGCGUGGAAAGGCUUGGAUGAAGUCAUGAUGGACAGGAGGACACCUGCACAGUCCUAUGAACUCAACCAACCUUCAUCCUCUUUGUAGUCCACCAAAAC